AUGGAUGCCGCCGACCUGAGCGACGACACGCUCAACAGCUUUGCCAUUGUGGAGCGUGUGGGCUCUGUUCUUUCUCUCCUCGGAUGCCUUGUCGUCAUCGGCACAUUCAGUGCUUCAAAGUCAUUCCACAAGCCUAUCAACCGCCUUGUAUUCUAUGCCUCGUUUGGCAACAUGAUGACCAACGUGGCAACAUUAAUGGCUCGAUCAUAUCUAAGUGAUGUUUUAUCACCUGGAUGCCAGUUUCAAGCCUUCCUGAUUCAAAUGUUCAUGCCGGCGGAUGCGUUCUGGACUUUGGCCAUGGCCGUCAACGUCUACCUAACCUUUUACUACAAGUUUGACGCUCAAAAGCUGCGGCGCAUGGAAAUCCCAUACCUCAUCUGUUGCUACGGCAUUCCAUUUAUCGUGGCCCUCACCUUUGUUUUCGUCACCAACGACAGACAGGGCCGCAUGUACGGCAACGCCACGCUUUGGUGCUGGAUCAGCUCCGAGUGGGAUAUCUGGCGCAUUGCCAUGUUUUACGGCCCCGUCUGGGUUGUCAUUCUCAUCACCAUUUUCAUCUACAUCCGCGCCGGGCGUGAAAUCUACAAGAAACACAAGCAGCUGCGCAACUUUCACUACAGCAGCCACCACGAGCCCGAGCCACUCCCCCCGAUGGACGACCUGUACAGCUCCAGCAAGACCACCGAAGUGUAUGUCACAACCGAGAUUGUCAAUACCCAACAUGACCCUGUUAUCGAUCUGGCGCCUCUCGGCCGCCGCAGCUCAGGUGCUGCCAACAUGAACAAGGCUGCCACCCCUGCACCGCCCCAGCCCUCCGCCCCUGCCAACAAUGGACGCCCUCCUGUCGGAAACGCUGCCUACUCCGUGACGAUAUCGUCAAACAAACGCCCGGUUAGCGUUGCCAACGUCAACAACAGCGAAUCCUACGGCGAAGGCGACAUCGGUCUUCCCGUCCAGGACGAGAGCGGAGACCGCAGUGGUGUCCCCAGAGCGAUUCCCAUGGAGCCCAACACGUACACUUUGAAGCAGAUGAUGUCGGCAGACCGCACCACCACCUCUGCAUCUGCCGUCGGACCGACCGUUGUGGGUGUCUCAGCCGGCCCGCGCAACCCACCCAACCAGCGUCUCCGCCGCCGUGCCGCCUAUGAAGCCAACACGGCCGCCUGGUCAUAUACCAAGUGCGCCAUUCUGUUCUUUACGGCGAUGCUGGUGACUUGGAUCCCGUCCAGUGCCAACCGUGUGUUCUCCGUUGUCCAUGUCAACAAAGUGUCCGUCCCGCUGGAGUACAUGAGCUCCUUCGUGCUUCCGCUGCAGGGUUUCUGGAACGCCAUCAUCUACCUUGUCACAUCGUGGAAGGCGGUCCAGACACUGUGGAGCGAUACUUUGGACUUUACGCUGCCGUGGCAGUCCAGAAGCAAGCGCCGCGAACAGCAGGCCCGCCACAACCGCCAGAGCCAGCACGCCGGCUCCUAUCAGCGCCAGAGCAGCCUCGGCGGCCCGUCGUCCGACAGCAACGGACAGGGCGACAACGGGCGCUCCAGACCUAUUUUGAUGAAUACGACCAAGGGACUUCCGGGCAAGAAUGGCGCCUUCCACCACCACAUUGACUCGCCGGCUGGCAGCAGCAGCAAUAACAGCGACGAAAUGCUGGACCAGAUGGUGGGCGGCCGCCAUGCUGGAUCCAAAGCAGAAAAGAACUACGAGACCGAAAGUGUUACCGAGUUGGCAAUCCACCGGCCGUGA